GAUACCAAGACGGCAACUCUCGCUGAAUUUCAUCUUUUCCUUGAGAAGUACUUUGACCAGUUUGCUGAGGACAAGGACCUCAAGAUAUUCUUGCAUCUGCCGGGUAGCUCAAUACCGACAAUGCUCAUUAGCGAUCCCCAACUUCGGUCUAUUUUGGCGAUUGCAAAGGAGAGUAGCUGGAAAAACCUUGUCAUAUCCCUGGACAAUCCUGGAAAGAGUUUUUCGAAAUUCACUUGGAAAGAAGUGAUGGAAGAAUACAACGUCGGUAAAGGCCCUGAGUUUCUCCCACUGUUUGAUAUUGAACCAAGGGCGAUGACUGACGAUGAGAAGCUGAUGUUGGAGGAAAUAAUCAAAGAAUGCAGCCGGAAAAACGAGGCCUACAUUUUUGGUCCUAGCUCUAGCGAGUUCACAAGGAACUCGAUCGUCGACUCUUUCAUGGUUGGAGCCAUGCAGUUCUACAAAGCGGAUAUGUAUCUUGAGCAACAAGAACUGAUAACCGGCCUACGGGGACAUGGACCGGUGGAUUUUGCUGUGUUGGAUCGUAUCCACCAGUCGCAAGUUCUUGGAGUCACGGAGGUGAAAAAGGACGAUCAUGUGAAAGGUAUGGCUCAAAAUAUAGUACAGCUCGACGUCGCACUUCAACAAAAAAAACGAAAGCGGACUGAGGCGGAUGACGAUGGACAAGAGAGGCCCGCCACACGCAUCAAGUCAUUCGGCAUUGUAACCGACGCAUUCAAAUGGACUUUCGUAGAGUGCACGAUGGAGGAAGACGACUCAUUGACGUACAAAGCCAAGGAGGUUUUGAGAGAUCUAAGACUCAAGGAGGAGGAGACGCUAAGAGAGGAUGCAGAAACUCUCUUUUGUUAUGUUCUUUCUCUGUACGAUCGCAUGAAAGAUGAGAUUUUCUUCAUGAUAAAACCCACAUAA